CACCAACCCUGGCUUCAUCUGUCCAAGGGGUUCUUGGGACUGACCCUUCCUUGCGGGCCCUGCUGGAAUCCCCGCUUGGCCCCAAAUGCCUGCAGCACACUCAAGCCAGGCCUGAUCUGGAGGUUCCGCAGGCUCUUUGGGUGGCUGCUGGGCGUCUUGUGUCUUCUUAUCUGGGCCAUGCAGGCCUGGUGGGAGUCCUCCUUCACAUACUGGGGGGCCCGGCCAGGAGUUGGCACUUGAAUCUGCUAGUCAUCUGGAAAGAACGUUGGGGGCUUGGCCUGCCAUCCUGCACUUUGGUUGUCGUGCCUCCCAGUCAGCUGUCGUGCCCUGCAAGCCCUGACAGACCCACACCACAGUUGGGGCACGUGGUGCUGUCACCUGUCUGGUUCCUCUAUAGCCUGUUCAUGAAGCUAUUCCAGCGCUCCUCGCCGGCCAUCACCCUCGAGAGCCCAGAUAUCAAGUAUCCGCUGCGGCUCAUUGAUAAGGAGAUCAUCAGUCAUGACACCCGGCGCUUCCGCUUCGCCCUGCCAUCACCCCAGCACAUCCUGGGCCUCCCAAUUGGCCAGCACAUCUACCUCUCCACUCGAAUUGAUGGGAACCUGGUUAUUCGGCCCUACACCCCUGUCUCAAGCGAUGAUGACAAGGGCUUCGUGGACCUGGUCAUCAAGGUUUACUUCAAGGACACACAUCCCAAGUUCCCUGCUGGAGGGAAGAUGUCACAGUACCUGGAAAACAUGCAGCUUGGAGACACCAUUGAGUUCCGGGGUCCCAAUGGGCUGCUGGUCUACCAGGGCAGAGGGAAGUUUGCCAUCCGUCCUGACAAGAAGUCUGACCCCGUCAUCAAGACGGUGAAGUCUGUGGGCAUGAUCGCAGGAGGCACAGGCAUCACGCCAAUGCUGCAGGUGAUCCGUGCCAUCAUGAAGGACCCAGAUGACCACACCGUGUGCUACCUGCUCUUUGCCAACCAGACCGAGAAGGACAUCCUGCUGCGGCCUGAGCUGGAGGAACUGAGGAAUGAACAUUCCACUCGCUUCAAGCUCUGGUACACGGUGGACAAAGCCCCGGAAGCCUGGGACUACAGCCAGGGCUUCGUGAACGAGGAGAUGAUUCGAGACCACCUUCCGCCCCCUGGGGAGGAGACACUCGUGCUGAUGUGUGGACCCCCGCCCAUGAUCCAGUUCGCCUGCUUGCCCAACCUGGAGAGCGUGGGCCAUGCCAAGGAGAGCUGCUUCGCCUUCUGA